AUGCCCCCAAAAAAACUGGCGGCACUGAGGGCCAAUGGCUCAUCCAAGGUACCUAAUCUACCCGGGAUCAAGCAUAAUGCUCCGAGAUCCACACGCAAUUUUUUCCCUUCGGAUUCAGACGAAUCUCCGCCUGAGGAUACCCCCGAAAAGAAAAGAGCACAACCUUCGAAGAAAACAAGAUCUAUCCUUGGAGGCACCAAUAGUCUAAAAGCUAUGUUCUCCAACUCCCAAGAAGCUCAAAAAGAGAAAGAACCCGAGUCAAGCCAAGAAUCAACUCCUGUUAAGAAACCUGCUAAGCGAGGCCGUAAACCAAAACAAACUGUUGCGAGUCCCGAAGCACCUAUUCAUGAAGCUAGUACACCUAAAUCGAUGCUAAAACGAGCCACUAAGCUGCUUGAGCUGCCCAGCGCACUGAAACCAAUCAGGUUUGACGAUAUCGAAGAAGAACCGCCAAAGAGACUGAAGUCUUCUCGAUCCAAAGAACAACAAAGCGAACCACUCCCGAAGAAACGUAGAAAGAAGAAUCAACCGCGGGAAGACGACGACUACGUCGAACAGCAUUCCCAACACACAAUUCAACUUGCAGAUGGCGACCGUCCUGGCCCUAUACGAAGAAGCUCGUACAGCAACCGUGGGAAACGAACACUGUCUAUUGGCAACGGGUUUGUUGCCAAACCACAUGAUGAAAUGUCUGUUACGGAAUACUACAAGGUAAUUGAUAGCUCCUUACCUGGUCCAUCAAGAAUGCGCCAAGUUCUUGUUUGGUGUUUCAAGAAAAAGCUACAACAAGACCGUGAGAGCGAGGGGGCUGAGACGAACACUGCAAAGGGAAUCGCUAAGGUGAUCAAGAAUGAAAUUUUGGAGGAUUUAGUCUCCAAAAAGAUAGACACCAGUUGGCUACUGGCGAAGCGGUUUGACGCAUCGGAACUACAAGGCAAACGGGUGAUUAAAAGCAACCCGCUUAAUGAUGCCAAUCAGGAAAGUUAUGAAGUGUUUAAGCAGAAAUUACGUGAACUACGGCAAGAAAAGCUGCAUUGGCAAAGUGCCUUUGAUGCCAGCGUGAAACCGCUUGAAGGCUUAGCCAUCAGCAGUGAAGAUGAAGAAGGAAAGUAUAGCCGGGAGUUCAAAGAGUACGUGAAACAGAAAGACCCGAAGCUCGGUGCUGUAUUGCAAGAGGAACAUCUUGAGACGCUCUCGCAGCAGGUGAAGCAAGUGGAAGCGAGCGUUCCGGAGAAACUCGAAGCAAACAUGGCGCAAUUGUUCCACACUGCGUACCAACUCAGUAAGAGCGUGGAGCUAGUGGGUAAAAUCAGGCAGGAGCUGCUAGCACCCCAAGUGACCCAAGUUGUCAAGGAGUUUAUGGAGAGAAACCGCCACAGCAAGCAAGGGAAACACCAGGUGAAUGGUGAUGACGGUACGCGUCUUGGCCACUUGCAAAACUUGGUGGUUUCACAGGAGAAUAAGGCUAUUUUCACUAAGCUUUUGUAUGCGGAUAACGCCUACUAUGAUAAGGAUACCCACACGUUGGGCACUUUGGACUGGGUGCCUCAACAUCAGUAUCAGAGACAACCAUACGUUGCUAAUGGGUACUUGGGAAGCAGAAUUCCUAACUUGGGCCAGGGUUUUGCCUAUGAUACUUUGGCUAACGGUACCUAUGUGGAUGUGUCUACCCCAGAUGCUGAUCUCCCUUCUGAUUUGCUGAAUGGGUGGCCUUUAUUCAACCGUCGUUAUGCUGGAGCUUUUGUUGCUGGUUUUUACAAUCUUCAGGAAAAUACGACUCUGAAUAACUUUCCUUGGCUCUUGGAGGAUGGCUACGAGAGCGUAGUGGCUGCCGUUCCUCAAUGGACCUCUCUCGCUUUGACAGCCAAAAAGGGCUCGAAAUCAUACACUUUGGACCCAGCAGGUAAUCCAGACAGCUACGGAAAAAUUACAAAUUACGCUCAGAACUUGUCGUUGGCUGAUGGUAUUGUCACUACUACUUUUACGUGGUUGGGCUCUCUCGAUGUGAAGUAUACCGUCCUAGCACAUCGUUCCAAGCUUUCUUUGGGCCUUGUUAGCCUUCAUGUGGAGAAUACUGCUGAUUCGAACAUCACUGUUUCUGUCCAAGAUUCCUUGGAUUUUGGAACUGCCCAGAGAGCUCGUUUUGAUUCGACUUCGGUGGACAAGGAAAAUAGAGCUCUCUAUAUGUUAUACUCGCCCAAUGACAUUGACUACGUCUACGGAGCUACAUAUUCAUCGCUUCGCUACGAUACCUCGGAGUCCCACUGCUUGGGCUCUGAAUUCACUACCAGUCACUUCAGCCUGGGCCACACUGUCACGUUUGAUAUUCCAGCCAAGUCUUCCAUUGAUGUGACCAAACAUGUCGGUGUUGUGACAUCAGACUUGGACCCCAAAAAGUACACUUCUUUUGAUUUAGUUCUUCUGGAAGCUAAAGCGACUUCUCUCGCUAAGGACCUGUUUGAACUGCUCUCGACUAGCCAUAGGGAAGAAUGGGGUAAUUCGAUGGAUGCUGGUCUCACUGUUGAAUUCCCUGACGAUCCUCUCUUGUCUUUAGCUGCUAGAGCUUCCAUUUACCACUUGAAUGCCAAUACUAGACCUGACGCUGAAGGUGUCACUGCUGCUUUGGGUGUAUCGGGCCUUUCUUCUGACUCGUAUGGAGGCAUGGUUUUUUGGGAUACAGAUCUUUGGAUGAUGAAUGGCUUGCUUCCUUUCAAUCCAUCUCACGCUCGUUCAAUCGUGAAUUAUCGUCUCCAUACUCACGAUCAGGCUCGUAAGAAUGUCGACAGCGACCGUACUCCGAAGAAGGAUAUGCAUGGUGCAGCUUUCCCUUGGACAAGUGGAAGAUUUGGUAACUGUACUGCUACUGGCCCUUGUUUCGAUUACGAGUAUCAUAUUAACAUGGCCGUUGCUAUCUCUGCAUGGGAAUUGUAUAAGAGUGGUGCUGCUGAUGAUCAUUUCUUGGAGCACCUGGCUUUUCCAUUAAUCAACGACGCUGCUGCGCUUUUCGCUGAUUAUGUCGAAUACAACGACACUUUGCAAGCUUAUUCCACACAUAACUUGACUGACCCUGAUGAAUAUGCCAAUCACGUUGACAAUGGAGCUUAUACCAAUUCGGCCAUUUCUGCUACGAUGAGAUGGGCAAUAGCUGUGAGUGAACAUCUCGGGAAGCCUGUUCCAAAGUCUUAUCAAAAUAUAAUGGGCAAUAUGCAUCUUCCACGUUCUGCUGAUGAUUCAGAUAUUAUUUUAGAGUUCACUGGUAUGAACUCCUCCAUUGAAAUUAAGCAGGCUGAUGUUGUGAUGUUAACGUAUCCUUUGGAGAAUGAGUUGAUCACACUUGACCUGGCCAAGGCUAGUAUGGAAUAUGCUUCGAUGAAACAAGUUAGUUUUGGACCAGCUAUGACAUUCCCUAUUUUUUCGAUCGUUUCGUCGGCUUUACUGGAGAAGGGUUGUUCUGCUGAUACCUAUCUCAUGAAGUCUAUUCAACCUUUCUUGAGAGGCCCUUUCGCUCAGUUCUCAGAGCAGAAUAGUGAUGACUACCUCACAAAUGGAGGUACCCAUCCUGCUUUUCCCUUUAUGACUGCCCAUGGCGGGUUCCUCCAGGCAAUCCUUCAAGGAAUAUUAGGUUUGCGGUUUGAUCAUAAGGUUGAAGAUGGAAAGAUUGUCCGUUUCCUUAAGUUGGAUCCAAUCAAGUUGAAGACCCUCCCAAGUGGAGUUUACUUUGAUGGUGUCCAUUACAUGAACCAAACAUUGGCAUUCAAUUUGACCUCCGAGGGUUUGGCUGUUAAACACAACGGCCCAAUUAAAGGGCUGGUGCCUCACAAGAUCUUGAUUGAGUUGGGUUCACGUAACCCUGACGCUGGUACCCAUACACUUAUGCCAGGUACAGAUGCGACGUUCAAGCUUUAUGAGACAGAGGAUACAUUUAAGAAUAGUCUUUCCGAAUGUGGCCGUGCAUUAUUUACCAACAUCACUGAGUGUGCUCCAGGUGACGCUCCAGUGCUCGCCAACGACGGUGACAAUACCACUCACUGGCAAGCCAAGACUCCCGAGAAGAGUAAGGUAUUGAUUGAUUUCCUUGAACCAAUUGUUUUGCAGACUUGUUCCAUCAACUGGGGCGACAAACCACCAAAGCUGGUUAAGCUUUCCGCAACUGCCCAGGACUUAAGUUCUGAGUAUCCUGACCUACUUGAAACUGUUGAUUUUUUGAGUAACGUCGACUUUGGUACUGAUUUGCCUCGCAAGUAUAGUUAUAAUAACCCUGGUGGAAAGCUAUACAAGCAAAGCGACAUUUUCACCGCAGUGGAUUCUAGGGAAGUAAGCAUAAAUGAGCCAUUCAGGCUAGAGGAGCAGCAUUUGAUUGUGUUGCCAUCAAGGCAUAACACUACUGACAUUAAUCUCGACUCGCCUAUCAAGACUCGAUAUGCGUUGCUUGAAUUUGAAGGUGUUCAUGACAAGCGCUCUAAGGAUGACAAGGAGUCACAGAAAGGUGCUAAAAUUUAUGAGCUCAAUUUCUUCUAA